CGUUAUUAGACGCGCUCAGACGUCUGCAAUCGUGCAGAUUCUCAACGAUUUCGAUGAUGAAGAAGCAGUGCUCAAAACUGUUAGUCGGCUAUCAUCAAGGCGAACCCUCGAGAAUUCGCGAUCGAAAGGGAUGAAAAAACCGUACAAAAUACGUGUGCCUCAAGCGGGACACGGGUGUCUCGUCUUGGGAUUCGGCACCGUAAACACGUGGGAAAGUAAGCGACCAACCGAUGAUGAUGGAGCACAAACAGACGAUACUGUUGGCACCCUCACUGAGCAACAGCAGUUGUUGGCGAAAUGGCACACCCGAUGCCACUUGGACAGGUCCAGGUCCUGGAGAACUUAUAAGAGCUACUCUAAUACUGCUACUCAGUAUUGGUAUCCUAUGCGCCAAUCUGCUGGUGAUAUGUGUUAUCAAUAGCAGACAAUACAGCAAAUAUAUACACGCUCAACCCAGAUAUUUGCUGACGAGCUUAGCGAGUAACGAUCUAGCGAUUGGACUUUUAGUGACGCCAUUCGGUUUCUUACCAGCUGUUUACGGGUGCUGGCCGUAUGGCGAAGUUGUCUGUCAAAUUCAGGCACUUCUUAGGGGCGCUUUGACUCAACAGAGCGCGGUUAUCCUCGUCUGCAUGGCAAUCGACCGUUAUGUUUGCAUGCUGCACCCUCAUCGCUAUCACAAGCACUCUUCUAAAAGGUAUUACAUGCGGCAGGGCUGCGUGGCAGUGAUGUCGACCACUUGGAUAGCGAGCGUGGCAAUAUUCGGGGUUCUGGUGCUCCCCAGAGGUGGUUACUACUUCAACGGGUCUGGCCUCCUUGCCUGCGACCCUUUCUUCGCUAGAGCGUCCCUUAGGAUCCUGGCGUGUUGCUGUUUUUAUUUCCCGACGACGAUGGUGCUGAUGUACUGCUACGGCUCGGCCUUCCACGUUAACAAACUACGCUUGAAAAGAGUAGUCUGUGUUAACACGCCAGAAGUCAUUAGCGGCGGCCAUAUAGAAAGGCUUGUUGCCCACGAGAGACGAUUGUCAACCUCGGCCUCGCGAACAAUGGCCGCAAUGAGUUUAGGUUUCAUCGUCAUGGUUACACCAUGGACGAUUCAGGAAGUCGUUGCAGCCUGCACCGGAAGUAAACCACCGCCAUUUCUCGACUUCCUGGCCACGUGGCUGGCUCUCUCUAACAGUUUCUGGAAUCCAUUCCUUUAUUGGCUGCUUAAUAAUCAUUUCCGCCGAAUUUCGAGAGAGCUUCUUUAUACUAAGAUUCUGUGCAGGUCUAAGCCGUUAGGAGCGAAACAACACUGUUGCUCAACUAGCACCGGUGGGUUAGAUGUUUGCAGUAUCGCAGGCGUCGACUUAUCAGGAUUGGAGCGUUGCUCAAUGGAACGAUGCUCAGUGGCGCGUUGUUCCUCGUUAUCAUUAACAAAUACGCCACCACCGCUCCCUUGGGAAACCGGACAUGUAACACAUGGUGACAUAGCAUCCACGUGAGCCAAAGAUGCCGCCACGCAGACGGAGGAUUACGGAUCUCUGGACGACGCCAGUUAGUACAGCGUGGCGGCAAGCCGGCGUCCGACGCUCCAAAACUAUCGAGCACAAUAUCCGUCGUCUAUGCACCGAUAUCUGCGAGACCACGUCGCAUCCUCGCUGGUACGAGGACAAGUUUUGUACAUUGAGGAGGAGGACAAUCGCGACGACGUCGCGACGGACGGAACAAGCCAACGUCAUCAUCGACACAAUCGGCAAAGUCGCUUCGAAUUCGCACGCUUUAAAAGCCUACCAGAUCUUAUCCGAGAUAUGGAACCGCGAUGAAACAUUGAUUGACGAUCCACGCCGUCGAGUCAGAUUGUUGCUAUACGUCACUGUCAUCGUCAUUCGAUUCGCAUAAGAAAGCUUCGGAACUCGUCGGAUCCAAUAGCAUAAGGGAAACACGAAUCCCAUGCUCCGUAGGCGAGCGUACACAUGAAGCGUGUGUCGACACACCGCGAUUAGCUCUCGUCGCAACGAGAUCGAUUACGGAAAUUAAUUACGGCACCAACGAGAAUACUAAUACUAAUCGCGUCGCUCUUGACGAUAUGCACGUAGAUGUUUAAUCACGGCGGAGCACUAUGCGAGUGUUAAAGUCAUUCGCGCCCGCAUCCGACCCCGUUUUCCACGAUUAAUUAUUCACGCGUGAGUGUUCGCGUUAUAAGCUAUACACUCAGACAGAAAAUUGCUUCUUUUUCGGACACAUAUAAUUUUCAGGUCUUUUAUUUACAAUUUUUUUAAGAUAUAUAAAUACGUAUGCACUUAAAACGGUAUAGCUUCCAAAUUCAAAGUACUUUAUUUAAAUUUUUUAAAAAUUUUCAGUUAAAGAUCUUUAUUUUAAAGAAAUUUAUGAAAAAAAUAUUUAAAUGUAUUUUAAAGUAAUUUGACAAGGCUGUUUCAAGAUAUGCGAUACACUCACAACUAAAAUUGCAAGUGUCAAAUAAAUACGUACUCAAGAAGAGAAAUAUAUAAUUGCAAUUGUUUGCUCAAGCUCAAGAGCUCAUUGGUACGAAGACCAAUGCGUAACAUCUUAUAUACAUGUCAUUGCUAUAUAUAUUUCACAAAAGUCUAAUAAAAAUGCACAAUAAAUAAUAUCCGAACUCACUUUUUAAUAUCGCAGAAUUUUAUACUAUAACAAAAACUAUAAAUAAAACAUAAAAGUAAUAGUAUUGCUCCUGCAUUUUCAAAAAUGUAUUUUUAUUUAAUAAUCUUUCGUUUUUUUUAUUUUAAUAGUUGUUAAAAUAGUUAUUAAGUUAUCUGCGAUAUUUUCUAAGAAGUUUGUUCGAAUGAUGGCAUGAUAAGGCAAAUUAAGUGUACUAUUUUUAUUUAAUAAGGUAACCUGAGCCGAAUAAAGCCCAGCACUAAAUAAAAUCCAAUUUUAAAUUACUUAAAAUGCAUUUUACGCUUGCAGUGUAUGCUUAAAAGAUGUAAAUAAAAGACUAAUUAAACAAUUGAAAAUAACUGUUUAGGAGUAAUAUAAAUCCUAAAAGAUCUCGUUCUUAUAAUUAAUAAUUAUUUUGAAACUGAUUUAGAAAGUAAUGUUUAGUUUCUUUGUUAUUUUCGAUUUAAUUCAUUUUUAAUUUGAGUUUUUUAUAUUCAUAAAUAUAUAAAGCUAAAUUAAAAAGAAUGUUUUUGUCUAUUUACGAAUAUUUUAUAUAAAAUACAUAUUUUAUUCUUGUAAGUAUCUGAAAAAUAAAGAUUUUAUUCUCAUUUAAUUUAGUCCUCAACAUUAUCACAAAUAGUUUUAAAAAAUAAAAUUAAUUAAGUAGGCUUUAUUCGAUUCAGGUAUUUUAUAAUGUAGAUAGAAUAAUACAAAAACGGCCUUGUAAAGUAAACUAUGACUGAAUUAAUCGUAAUAUAUUAUUAAUUUUUUGUAUGCAUAUUGUAUUUGCGUAGAAAAUUCCAAUGUAUACAUUUUUGUUCGGAUUAUUUUAUAAAUAAUAAUUAUAUAGAAGUAAGAAAUUUUUUAAAUAUGGAAACAGUUAAAGGACUUAACAUUAUCGAAGAAUGUGGAGUAAUAAAAGAAACAUCUCUGCUUUAAACGAGAAACAUGAAUCAAUGCCGUACGUGAUUUAACACGUUAUGUAUUGAUGGGAAAUUAGUGUAUUGAUGAUAAAAUCUUCCACAAAUAUACAAAAAGAAUAUCGAGAUGGUUAAAAGUGGAAAUGUGAACGAAAUCGACAACGUCGUUUUAUACAGUUCUCACAAAGAAAAAAUCAUAAAGAAACUUUUCUCGAGACUUUAAAUAUAUACGAGAUAUGAAAUAAUUACACUUUCGAUUUAUAAUUAAAAAUAUUAAGCACCGCUCUGAUGUAAAAAGAUUGAUAUAAGUAACAUUUUCUAUGGUUUAUUCUAUUUUGUUGAAAUUUAUUAUUUAAAAAAUAUAAAUUAUUUUUUAUUCAUAUUUAUAAUUUUUGUUUUCCUUUCUCUUAAAUCUUCUCUAGCCUUAAAAUUGUCUAAGUUUUCUUUUUUUUCCUUUUUUAUCAUUAAACUUUAUAAUCUUGUUUCGAUCUCCUAAUUUACAUAUUAAAUUUACAUCUCUAUUUAUGUUACAUUUCGAAACGUUAACCUUUCAUUAUGAUUUUAUUAACAUCGCAUGUAAUUUUUAUUUUUAAAGCAUAUAUUUACUUCGAACAUUACGGAAACUAUUUUGGAUUUAAAAAAAUAUUCUUUUUACGGUAAUUUUAAUUCGUGCCGUAAGAUAUCUAGUUAGUGAGAUAGAAUUGCGUAUAUCGCUAGACCAUGGUAAAUAGUAAGUAAAUUUUUCAAGAAUUUAUAUCCAGAAACAUUUCUCGAUGAGCGAAUAGUUAUGUUAAAACAAAACCUUAGACUACUAUUAAAUAUUCGUGCAGCGACUACUUACGCAUAUUCCAGAAUAAAAAACCAAUUAUUUUAUUCGCUUAAAUUAAUAAAUAAUUGGUAGAUCUUAUUUGUUUUUAAAUUGUUAAUAACCGCGUGCCUCAGACAGCAACUUUUUAAACUUCAAGAGUUUCAUUCCUCUUCAUCUCAAAAGAGUUGUUUAGUAACAUCAGAUAGUAUGUACUAUUUUUUUAAUAUAUCAAGAAUAGUCAUGCUAUCUGUAAAUAUUAUCUACGUGAAUAACAGAUAUUUAUAAUAAUUACAUAUAUAAUAUUAUCAAAAAAGCUAUUGAUUUGAAAGAAACAUGAAUUUAUUCUAAGUGCUUUUACUUGAAAAUAAGACAGUAUUUCUAAAAAAUGAAUAUAUCUUUGUUCAUAUUUUUAUAACUCUUAUCAGUUUGCAUUACAGUGGAAGAGGCUAAUACAAAGAAACUCAAAUUGUGCCGAACUAAACAAGUAAAAUUGAAUAAUGACAUAAUAUCGCAUUAAUUAUAUGUACAAGAUGUUUCAUAGAGUCUUAUAAUCCGUAUUUCCCUGAGACUCUUAAUAGAAGUAAAACUUCUUUUGUAUCUUAGAAUCCGCUGGAAUUUUUUAUUAACAUUUUAGUAUACCAAAAAAAGAUAGAGAUUUAUAGAAAACUAUACGUACGUAUGUAUUUCUGAGACGAAUCAUACCAUCAAAAUCGCACAAAUCGUUUUUAGCAAUGUCGAGAAUGAUCAUUGAAAUCUCUUUCACACGAUAAAAUGCAACUUAACAUUAAUGUGAUGUAAAAAGCGAUGUAAAUAAGAAACAUCACCUCGCCCUUUUACGUAGUAAACCGAUGUAAAGGUUCGAUUUGGAAAAGACAGUAAAAAUAAAACACUGCCUGUAAAUGAUUCAUCAUCGGCACGAGACAGUUCGUUGUCCGCAACGUACGAUACCAUAAUUUACUUUAAAUAUCGAAUGAAUAUGAACUUUUUGUAUUCGGCAAUUCGACGUAACAUACCGAUUACGCAUGUAAGUAGAAUUUUAGGUAAGAUUAUUAGCCAGAAGCAAAAUGGCGAUUAUAGUUAGAUUAUUGAAGUAAACGUGAGACUUUUAAUAAUCCACCAAAAUUUAGUAAUACCACCAAAUAAAUGCCUUAAGCAAGUAAUCUUUUAUAAAUCGGCAGUAUGGACUGAAAGAGAAAAGCAAAUAUUGUACAUAUUCUGCAAAAAAUUGCUGAAAGAAAAUAUAUUUAAUUUGGCUAUUUUUUGCAGAAUAAAUAAGAAUUGAGCGCCAUAAUUCAUUUAAGUACAAUAGUUGCGUUUUGUAUUUGUAUUUAAAUUAUCAUUAAGUCAUUGAUUACUGUUGACAUUGUAAAUCACAAUAUAAUAAAGUCUCAAUUAUUUCUAGA